AUGGCAAAUCAUACGGAUUUGGCCAAGAACUUAUUGCCAAAUACUUCCCAAGGGAAAGCCCGGUCAAAUCAACUUUGGGAACAACUCACUGCUAAGCUAAAUGCUUCCGGCCCACCAGUAAAAGAUGCUAAAGCUUGGCGCAAGGUCUACGCUGAUCAAAAACAAAACGUUAAAAAAAAGAUUUGUUUUAAUAAAUCUUCUAAAAAAAGGACCGUUGGCGGCCCAUUUGAAGAAAAAAUUCUUUCUCAAGUAGAGGAACAGAUAGUCGCAGCUGCAGGCUUAGAAGCCUCUGUUGAAGGCUUAACAAAGGUUAAAAGUUUUGGAUCCCAAAGUAAAAUCGUGAAAGAUAUUGUAAGUGCAACAUCACAAGAGAACAGUCGUAAUAUUUCAUGCACGUCAUUAUUCUCAGAUGACGAAGAGAUGCAAGAAAAUAUUUCGUCUUUAAUAGAAACUGAAGACGUUAGUGAAAAAGAAAAAGCAGUGGCUAAAGAUGCUCUACCAAAAAUAUGUAAAAAAGAAAGGGAAACUAAAACCAUUUUGUUAAAACAAAAUAUGAUUACAACAGAAUUAUAUCAGAAGGAGAUGUUGAAAAGAUUAGACAAAAUUAUAGAAAUAAUCUUUAAAAUGAAGGAAAGAGAGCAUAAUUUAAACACACAAUUAAAAGAAAUGGAACUACAAAUACGUAUGAAGGAGUUGGAAAAACUUAAUAUUGAUAUAUUAAUGGAUUAA